UUUUAGUCAAGUCAUGUUUCAAAAGGGAACCAUUGCAUACAGAACUCUGAGGUGAAGUCUGUCAUCUUUUCCCUCGAACAUCAUCCUCUAAGCCAGUUUGUCCACCCCGGAAGAGCCAUUUCAACAUGGAUGACAAGAAAGGCGAAGAUAGUCAGUCAGAACCUGUAUAUGGGGGCUGUGAGGGGCCUAAUGCCAUGUAUGUCAAACUGAUUUCUAGUGAUGGCCAUGAGUUUAUCAUUAACAGGGACUAUGCACUUACCUCUGGCACCAUCAAGGCAAUGCUCAGUGGACCAGGGCAGUUCUCAGAGAAUGAGACCAAUGAAGUGCAUUUCCGGGAGAUACCCUCCCAUGUGCUGUCCAAGGUCUGCAUGUACUUCAUGUACAAGGUGCGCUAUACCAACAGCAGCACAGAGAUUCCAGAGUUCCCGAUAGCACCAGAAAUUGCUUUGGAACUGCUCAUGGCUGCUAACUUCCUUGACUGUUGAACUUCUUACCUGGACAGCUGUAACAGUUCUUUAAACACGCCUGGACCUUCACUUAUUAUAUCUGGACCAUCCCUUAUUAUCUGGACAUUGCCACUAUAUCUGGACAUAAUCUGACACAUGGGAAAUCUUAUUAUACUUGGAAAACACCUGGUUCUUUUUAAGUUAUAGGAGUUUCUUCCCAUUAUCAGUUUAAUUUCACAAUGUUGAAGUAUUUAGCUGAUUAUGCAAGUGAUGAAAGUAUUUAUUAGAAAGUCAAGCGUCAAAUAGAUUUUGAGAAUAUAGAAUUGACAAUUUUCUUUAAAAUUACUGGUCAAUACAUGUUUCAAUUGUAGCGUGUGUGCAUUGUGCAUGUUUAUGCAUAAUUUGUUGAGUGUAGAGAAUUGGGCAUGAAUCAUUGUUUUAGAAUUAUGCCAUAUUCUUUAAUUUUUUUUAAGUUUUUGAGUAUUCCACUUUGUUACAUGUAAAACGUUAGUUUGUCUUUCAACAGUUCUUUAACUAAUUUUUUGUAUAUACAGAAUACUAAACUAAACAUGAUCCAUUUAUAAGUCAUAGGUGAUACUAUUGUAAUAAUGCAGCUUUUUAUUUAGCUUUAUAUAAGAAGUAAUCAUAUUACAGUACGUGCCUACUGUCAAACGCCUUUUUCAUUUGUUUUUCCGUUUAUUAUUUAGCGUGCAAAAAGGUGAGAAUUUGAGUUAUAAAAACCAAGCCACAUGUAACGGAAUAUUUUAUACCAUGCAAACAAUAAGUAUUACCUUUUUAUAUGUUAUAAGUAGAACUUUUGUCAAAAUUUUGGGCAAUAAAGUAAGGUAUUGUUUAAA